AUGCCAAAUCAAAGAGACAAGACCGCUGAUGAUUCCCCUGCUGACCUUCCCUGUCUGGAAAAACUUGACUCUCCUACGGGGAGCCCACCCACUGCCUCAUUAUCCAGGCUGAUGGAGCUGGAAAAUUGUGUUUCCAACCUGAGCCUUGCACAUGAGAUAGUGGUGAACCGAGACUUCUGCUUCAAACCCAAGAGCCCUACUACAGACAGCCUGGAGGGCAGAGUGACAGAGAUUGUUCACCGGGCGUUUUGGGACAAUCUUCAAGAGCAGCUGAACAGUGAUCCUCCAAACUACAGCCAUGCUGUCAUUCUGCUCCAGGAAGUCAAGACUAUGCUUCAGUCCCUGCUGCUGCCCGGUCACGUCAGACUGAGAUCUCAGCUGGACGAGGUGCUGGACAUGGAGCUGAUCCAGCAGGAGGUCGAUCACGGAGCUCUGGAUCUCCACAGAUUGGCAGGAUACAUCGUCAACACCAUGGCAUCUUUAUGUGCACCUGUGCGUGACUCAGAGGUCAGGGCACUGAGGGACCUCGAGGGCCCAGUGGGGCUACUGAGGGAAAUCUUCCGUGUCUUGGGCCUGAUGAAGACCGACAUGGUUAACUUCACCCUCCAGAGCCUGAGGCCUCACCUCCUGCAGCAGGCCGUGCAGUACGAGAGAGCCAAAUUCCAGCAGAUUCUGGACAAGCAGCCAGCUUCUCUGCACAAUACCACAGCUUGGCUUCAGGCAGCAGCGUCAGAGGAGGAGUCGGCCAGUAGAGCCCAGUCGGAGUCUCUCAGUCCUGACAGCCGAGGUCCUGUUAGCGCCAACGCUGUACUAAACCGGGCCUACAUGAGUCUGUUAUUCUGGGACCCGCAGGACCAGAAAUAUCCUGAGACUGCGUUGAUGGACCGAGCCCGUCUGGAGGCUCUGGGCCAGCGGCUCCAGCUACUGGUCCUGGAGGCAUCGGUGCUGCUUCUGAUCAAUGCUCAGUGUGGAGGCGCCAUUUUCUCCCUGCAGGGGUUUGUAGGUAAACUCAGGCAGUCCGUCGCUGCCCUGCUGGAGGGCAGUCACACCAGGGAAGCUGACCUGAAAGGUGCGCUGCUGGGUCUCGGGGAGACAGUACUGCAGCAGGUGAAUGAAGCUCUGAGCGGCCAGGGAGGAGCAGCGCUGCCUCAGGAGAGCCUGGAUCUGCUGAAAGGACAAAUAUCCGAGCUGUGGAAGCACAACAACCCGGUCCGCACGCUCAUAGGAGGAAGGGUACGGGGCUUCCUCCAGGCCUUGCUGCAGGGCGGCCCCGCUAAAAGGAGUCCAGAGCUGCCCUCUCCCCUCAGGCUGGUGAGUGCUGAGCUAGCCGACAUGGGGAUGGCCUUUGGGCAAGUCGUACACUUCAACCGAACAGUCUUUGGCCCCUUCUACGCACCCAUCCUCAGGAAACUGCUGUUCCCACCAGGAGAGGCUGAGACCGGGGAGGACUCACGCUAGGCUGGGGGCGACCCAGACAACCUCCAGUGACCUUAAAAUAAGCUGCCAUUUGCAUUAAAUGUGUAGCUAUAGAUAGUGUGAAUACAGUGAAUGAAUGUUUGAGGGAAAGACAUUUACAGUCUGCAGGGGGGGAAAAUGUUGUAUAUUAUAUUUUUUACAAAAAAGUCUAAAUCAAAGCCUGAGGCAGGUGCUGAAUUAUUAUUCCAUUAAUGCAUAUUACGCACACAUUUGAGUGCACAAAACAUUAGGACACCUAAUAGAUUGUGUGAAACAAAAUGAGUAAUAGUUUUUACUUGGACAAGAGUAACAAAUAGUUUGUAGUGUGUUAAUUCAUAACAAGAGACUGAUUGUGAUUCUUGUUUAAAUGUUUAGAGGAGAGCAGUUGCUGGAAAACACAUUUUUUGGUUUUCACUCAGUUUACUUUGUCUCAAGAUAAACACCCUCAGGAAAAAAACAAAAGUACCAAAGAUUAUCCUAAUAGUUUGUAAAUGACACUUCAGUUUUAAAAUGUAGCUGGUUUCUUUAUGUUGGCAGAUGUUUGUAUUAGGGCUGAACGAUUAAUUGCAUUUGCAUUAUUAUCGCGAUUUGAUAACACAAGAUUUUCUAAUCGCAAAGGCUGCGAUUACGUUCUGGUCACAUGACACGCGAGAGUAAAGCAGUCUGCAGAGGAAGCAUCAACUUACGCUCUACGUUGACUUGUACAGUGGCCUCAAGCUUGACAGAAGCUGACACUACAGAAACUUUAGUGUCACACAGGGAAUGAAAGUAGCACCCGUGGGUAACUUGGUGAUGUUGGUGGUUGAAAAUGUCCAGCCAUCCGCUGGAUGACCGUAAAAAUACACAACAGAAAGACGCGUGUAGUAAGGUAAGGGUAUUGUGGCGAUCGGCGCCUGUGUCACACACAGCCACCAGUCAGCUCAGUAACUAUCUAUGUAACGGCGUUUCAAACAAAACUCACAAGUACGAAAGACGCCCAGUCUGUCCCGAGUUAAGAGAUAGACUCCUAGAGAUUUGAAUGGAGAUAAGGACCUUAAUUAGUGGUUGAACUGUGGGUUUUGUAUUGAGCGCUUACUAUAUAAUACAGUUCUCACUGUUAAUCCAUCUGUGGGUCAUACUAUACACUGAUUUAUUGCUUGUCUGUUUUUAAUAAUACAGAAGGUAAAGAGCUUAAUAAUUAAUCGCAUAUUAAAUCGCAAUCACAAUGUUGGUUAAAAAUAAAUAAAUAAAUUGGCAAUUAGAUUUUCCAAAAUCGUUCAGCCCUAGUUUGUAUGUAUAACUCACCAAAGACAGUGUGCACUUUUUUCUGAGUUUAGUUUUUAUUAUAAUUAUUAUUAUUAUAAACCAAAAAUAUACUCAGUGUUUCCCAUACAGUUGUUGGUAUUAGUGGGGGGUGGUGUGUGGAACAGGCGCUUAUUUGUAAAUAAAAAUGAAACUGAUUAAUUGUAA